GAGCUUCUGAGCUGGUGCGGUCGCGCUUGGUUGGGAGGAGCGUCGUCGAUGGUGGACUGAAAACAUCUGCCAAUUACCGGUGACAGCCAUGGAGGAUUUUCACUCGUGGCUGGGCGCUAAGCUACUGACACUUGAAUCUGAUGAUAGUGUAAUCACAGAUUAUAUCGAGGGAAUACUCACGGGAGACGAAUCUCAGGCAGAAAAGCAAGAAGCUUUGGAGGGUAUACUGUCCGGCAUAAUGGAAUCAGGAGUGGAAGAUCUCUGCCAGGAGAUAUUCACCAAAUGGAACCAAUUCCACUCCAAGAGUGAAGAGAAUGGAGUAGAGGCUAGACCAAAGAUCGAAUUUGAGGACCAGCUUUCAAAAAUCAUGGAACAGCAAAACAUAUCAGCAACUGUCCUGGAGAAACCUAAAGCAUCAAAUGCUGACAAGAAGGUUAAAGAAGCUAUAUUGCAACAAUAUGCAGAGAUAUCCGACCACGAGGACGAGGAGGAGGCUGGAGCUGAGGAGAAGACAGACGUCGCAAAAAACAGCAACCGCGAUGAUGUAACCAAGGAGGAGCAAGAACGCCGCGAGAGAAUGAAAGCCGAGUCAGCCGCCAAGCGUGAAAAAGAUAAACUGGACAGGGAGAAACAGAAGCAACAACAAAACGAACGAAAGGACAAGGAGAAAAAGCGGACCGCAAAAACCGAGAAGCGAAGAUAGCACGGACCCCGGUGCAUGAAACUAGGUGUCGUGAUAUACUGAUUUUCGGGGCUGCAUGCUUCGAUAAGCGCCUUGUGUUCGCCUGGCUGAAUAUGUUGUGAACCUGCUAACGACUGACCUCUGUUGGAGCGAAUUUUCCCGAGGCCGAGAGGAGGGGUGCGCCGCCAGACGCUCGGACCGUCGGGUGGUCAGCGCUGAUGGAACGCUUCGCGCCAUUUGCGCUUUAAGCGGAGAUUGUAAGCCGCUUUCCGUUGCGUCUGUAUUUUCCCCUCUAUAACGGUGUUAUUGGAGACAUCUUGAAAUGAACUGCAAUGUGUAACACAUGGAA